CGGAUGCUCCUGAUCCUGACUAUGACCAUCGGCAAGCCAUACUUGAGGCCUGAUGUGGGCGCGGAAACCUACUCUCCCAGUAAAAAUCAGGCUUAGAUGGUAUCAAAUUUCUUGCUUCUCCAGGUAGCUAUCGACACGAUACGAGAGAUGGUCUCUUCAUACAGGCGCGUCACCAAACAGAUAAAACAGUCUCCUGGACUUCCAGUAUCCAAUCCCAUCACACCGUUCUGGUCUAUCCCAGCAUCGCCCAUCCAGAAAGAAGGUUCAUCAGCGGCUCUGCCAGCAAGUGCGGAUGUAGUGAUCACCGGGUCUGGGAUAACAGGUACGGCGUUUGCAUGUACGCUGCUCGACACGGAUGAGUCGCUGGAUGUUAUGAUGUUGGAGGCAAGGGACGCGUGCUCUGGUGCUACAGCGUGGAAUGGAGGACACAUCACGCCCCUGCUGUACCAUGACUACUUGGAACUGAAGGAGAAACACGGAGCAGAGGCCGCGAAGCAAAUUAUACGGUUCAGGCUGUCGCAUUUGGAUGUGCUGAUUGGCGUCGCAGAGGAGGAGGGCAUGGACGGAAGAGAGCCAGUGUCGAAAGGUGGAAACAUAUGACAUGUUCUUCGACCAAGAGGCGUUCGAAGGAGCAAAGGAGAAGUUGGAGCGCUAUUUGGAGGAAAUACCGAGUAAGAAGAGUAGCUGGGGGACGAUGGAGGGCUCAGCGGGGAUGCAGCUCGCAGAUGGAGUGCACGGGGUCAUCUCGACAACUGGGG